AUGCCUUCAGCAACCUCCCCUCUGGUUCAAUCCCAGGGCCACACAAACUCGUCGCACUCGAUCCAAUCCGUCCUCUCAAGGAACUCGGACACAACCCAAGGCACAUCCACAUCCACUCUAUUCCCCGUACCGCCGACGCCGUCGCUGUCCCCAGCUCCUUCUACCAUCCAAGGAAACGUCGAGCCAUCUGGCAAUGUCAUGAACAAAGUCGCCGACAAGGACGCCUCUCUUUUCCAGAUGUGCAUCACCCUACGCCAACGACUCUUGGCCGUGCCCGGCUUUGACGAAUACUUCCUGGAAACAGAACAACAGCACGACGAUCUCGAUGUUGUGCAAUUGAUCUGGAAGACCUUCCAACUCGGCCACCCACUUGUCUCCCUCUACAACAUCCUCCGACCCGAUCAGCCUGUUGAGAUUGACGUUUCCAAGAUCAGUGUUGCUAAACAAGGUAAGGCUCUCACUUCGAGUUUCUUGCGCGGCUGCAUCCAAGGCCUCAGCUUCUCCGUGGAGGACUGUUUUAUCCUCUACGAUCUCUACCAAGACGACAUCGGUGGCUUUGUUAAGGUCGUCAGAAUGGUAUCAAGAUUGCUUGAUAUCAUGGUACAGCAAGGAAUCAUCGAGGAUCUUCGCCCAGAUCAGAUCGCCGCCCACUCUGGCAAGCGUAGCCAGCGUCAACACAUCGUUGAAGAACUCGUCACUACAGAGAGAACAUAUGUUCAGCAUCUGGAACUCCUACAGGCUUUCAAACAGCUCUGCGAGAGUAAGGGCGUGGUCUCUGGCGACGUGAGCCAUCAAAUCUUCCAUAAUCUUGACGCACUUCUCAACUUCCAACGCCGCUUUCUCAUCAAGGUCGAGCAACAGAACGCCAUCGCAGAAGACGAGCAGAACUGGGGAAAGAUCUUCAUCCAAGCAAACGACGGCUUCAUGGUGUAUGAGCCUUACAUCGCCAACCAGAAGCUGUGUGAGGAGGUCGUCAUGAGGGAGUUCUCCAAGCUCAAGGAAGCUGGUGGCCCUAUCGACAUGCGUCAGCUGGUCGAGUCUCCUCCAACCUUGUACGGCUUCUUGAUGAAGCCUUUCCAAAGACUGUCCAAAUAUCCCUUGUUGUUGGAUUCUCUGUACCAAAAGGGAGACUACAGCGAGGAGAUCAAGGCAGAUCUGUUCAAGGGCAAGGAGUGUGCGACAACUGUCCUGACCCGUACAAACACUGCCAUCGAAAACGAGGACAAGCUUGAAGCUUUGGAAGAUUUGAAGAGCCGCGUCGAAGACUGGAAGGGCCACCGUGUCACCGGCUUUGGCAGCCUUCUACUCUUUGGUAGCUACACUGUUGUGAAGAGCGACAGUGCACCAGGAAAGGAUCAGGAACGGGAGUAUCAUGUCUACUUCUUCGAGUCCAUUCUUCUGUGCUGCAAGGAUAUCGACCGCAAUAGGCCGAAGAACAAGAUGACGACACGCACCUUGGUCGACAAGAAAGGCAGACCCAAGAUGCAGCUCAAAGGCCGUAUCUUUAUGCAAAAUGUCACAGACGUGGUCAAGGCAUCGAAGCCUGGCUCUUACACCUGCCAGAUCUUCUGGAAGGGUGAUCCAGGUAUCGAAAACUUCAUCGUUCGCUUCCCUACUGAGGAUACCAUGAGCAAAUGGUAUUCGAAGCUACUGGAACAGAAGCAUGUUUGCAAUGACCUUGCUAGACGCAGCGACAGCACCACAGCCUCCCACAGACCUUCCGGCGGCACUUCGACUACAGAUUUCACCUACAUUCAACAGAAUCAGGAAGACUUGGUGAACCCUUACAAAGAGGCUGAUGAUGACGACGAAGAGGGCACAGUCGUCCCGCAAUCUCCCUUCCCUGCAUACGCUCCUCACUCUUCCUUUGAGUCCUCAACCUUGAGCAGCAGAAAUGCUUCGACAACCAGCCUCCGUUCAAGAUCUACAACCGGCGAGAGUGGCCCUCCCUUGAGUUUGGGAGGUCGGAUGCCUCCACCACGCCACCCGUCCACUGCGAAUGCGGGCCACCCUUCGUUGAGCCUGAGAACUCAGCAACUGCCAUACGCACAAUCGCCCUCGAUGGAAAAGGACUCCUACUUCUCACCUGUAGAGACGCCGGCGCUCUCCCAGAGAACAAGUGGCUCAUCAGGAAUGUACCCCUUCCCCAACCAGUUCCACGGAGACAACCAAACACGCUACACUGCUCCGGCCAUGAGUCGUACUGCUUCCCGUGAGAACAGUGUUGCCUCCUCUAGUUACGCAGCCAGCCAGCGUACCUCUGGACCUCGACCUGGACUAGUCGGCUUGCACAGCUCUCAACAGAUUGCUACAUCAAGAAACAGAUCUGCGAGUAGCCCAGAUAUCAACCACAUCCAGCGUAGAGCCGGAAACGCGUCUAGACCGCCCGUCCCUGACGUACCUGUGCCGAACCUACCUGCUCAAUACUCCCAGAACAGCGCAGUGCCAAGAAGUCAGAGCAACUCACCCAGUCUGGCUCAUCCACCAGUACAGUCUCCCCACCAACGCGAACGAUCAUCUACCCGCUCGAACUCAGAGACCCCUUACCCAUAUGACGGUCCGCCUGCUCUGCGAGUAAACCCCGGUCUGGCUUAUGUUGGAUCUUCUCGUACCAACACGCCUACUCCAGGCCCAUACGGUGGCUACGACUCUCCCAUAUCACCUCCUCUAUCGUCCACAUCCGACUCUGGCCUACCGCCUCAGCUCAAGAUCAAGGUGCAUGCUUCGAGCACUAUCUUGACUCUGGUUGUGCCUCUGAACAUUUCAUACCAUUCUCUCAGAGAUCGCAUCGAUGCGAAGCUGUCUCGCAGCACCAACAUCAGCCUGAGCGAUCGUACAUCAAAUCAGGUCAAGCUGAAGUAUUUGGACGAGGAUGACUAUGUCAGCAUUCAGAGCGAUGAGGAUGUCCAGUCGGCAUUUGAAACCUGGCGCGAACAAAGAGGCGAGACUGUUGGUGGCAUGGGAGAGAUUGAGCUCUUCUGCCAGUAA